CAAGACUGGAACAAGACAUGUUGCCAUCGGGCGAUCACAAAAUGGCCCCAGAAUCAAUUACUCACGCGCUGCUAUGACUGCCGACAUAAGCGCGGGAUUGAUGAGCGGCGGACGUGACGAGCAAUGUCCUUGCCCCUGUGCCUAACCGUUGCCUUGCCAGGUCUCUCUCUUCUGGCACAUGCAGUCCACCACCUCCCUCGGGUCGUCCAAGAGCGGGGUCAGCAGGGACGUGCAAGAUGAACUUAUGAGCAAGGGCCGCAAGCGGCUGCGCGACAUGGGUCGUGCUAAGAAGUGGUCGCUACCCUACCCGCUGGUUCCGACAGACGAGCAGCAUGUCUUUGAUAACUGGAAUUGCCUCUUCCUCGGCGGCCUGGUGCGCGCCGUCUCCAUGCACCACUUUGACGAACCGCCCUCACGGGUACUCGAAUUGGGCUGCGGCACUGGAGUCUGGGUGCUCGAGGCGUGCAAACUCUGGCCGAAAGCGUCCUUCGUGGGCCUCGAUAUCAUCAAGUGUCAGCCGGAUCUGUCUUCGCCUGACUUUGAACGGACAGAGCUGGCACCCAGGGUGACAUGGGUGAACGCCGAUUUCCUCGAACCUCUGCCGUUCAGAGACGGCCAAUUUGAUUUUGUUCGCAUGUCACAUAUUGCCCUCGCCGUUCCAGAGGACGAAUGGCAAUACCUGUUCGAUGAAUGCGCGCGGAUCCUAGAACCUGGCGGUAUCAUCGAGAUUGUUGAGGACGAUCUCAUCUUCCCUUGUGGGCGCGCACCUAAAAAAGCCAAAGAUGAGCGUGCCAGCCAUUCGACUGGAUCUCCUAGUGUUCCUCCCAAUGGCGCUUUCGGGAGCGUCUCAACCCUCAGCUUCGCGUCCAGCCCUUCCGUACAAUCAUCGAUCCAAUCAUCCGAACACAAAUACGUGUCUCGCACUUCAACACCUCCGCCGCCCUCUGCCAUCACACACUCCUCCAGCAUGGACUCAGCUAGUUCGCAGCCGCGGCAGGCCGACCAGUACACCCAGAAAGACCCUGAUAAGAAUGUCAACAAAAAGGACCACACGCGACUGAUCAAGGCUUGGGACGCGAUGCUGCACGGCCGGUUCCUCGCGCCGCAAGUGAGCUCCAUCCUCCCGUUCUACCUCUCCACAUCCUUCCGCGACAUCCGGAUGAUGCCCUCGCUGCACAUCCUGCUCCCGCCGAGCACGGAGCAGCUGAACAGCAGCAAAGAGUCGUUCGACCUGCCUGGCCAGGGAAAGGAGUCGCCGGAGGACCUAGCAGAGCUUUAUUUGAGCUUGCAGUUGCAUGGCAACAGGCUCUCGGUGGACCGCACCGCGGGCGCAUCCAAGGCCCCGAAGCAGCCGUGGAAACACGCGACGAUCGCGUCGUGGGCAUCCAUCCAUCUUGCGCGGUGUCUCAAUACCAUUCGAGCUUGCAAGGACGCGAUGUGGGACGCAUAUGUCGAGGGCCGGGGAUUCGGGGCGCGGCCGGAGGCGGAUGAGGGCCAUCUGCGGGAUGACUUCGAGACGGCGUGGAACAACUGGGAGGCCGACAUGAAGGAUCGCAUGUGCAUGCGGGCGAAGCUUCACGAGGCCUUGGCAUGGGUAGAGCCUGGGACCAGCGAGCAGCCAAAUUGGAAGGUCUGGCGCGAGCGCGCGAAUGAGAUGGAGAUAAUGGAGUUUUCAGAUCCCUUCGGGUACUACAUCUCUCCAGAAAACCUUUGCAGGAGUAUCAAAGGGUUUGUCGGAUACAAGCCGAAGGCCUGACGCCAAUUGUCGCCCUUUCGUAGACGGACCACCUUCGCCUUUAGUUCACAUCUAUGCCUAUGAAACUACGAUCUAUUAUUACGAUAUGUAUAUAGCUAUAUUCGAUUGCUGCCCAAAAUUACAAGACUAGUGCGCAGAUA